GCAACAAAGUGUAAUCAACAGCACUUCAAGCCUGUCCUGUGUUCCCAGCAAGAAGAGGGACCACCAUAGAACACCCCAGCCAUAGAUAAAGGGCAGAGGAACAGCUCCAUUCUGUGCCCUGACAAUCAACCACCCCAGUAUCCUGCCUUCCCCCCACACCUUGGGAGCCCCAACUUAGUACAGCCCAGGCCAUCUACCUACCCAAUUAUACGAAGUGGGGCACUUUCCAGAGGUUACAUGUGGGGAGGGGGGGAUCACAUGCCCUCCCCCCAAUUUCUGCCAGGGUUUGCUAGCUGGGCCUCCUUCCUGGCCAGCAGCUCCUGGAGCUGGCCAGCUGCAGCCACAGGGAGAGGCAGCCGCAAACAGCUGGGAGCUCCAUGGAGGAGCUGGCUGGGCCAUCUGUGAGGAGAGCCAGCCCUGUCAGGCAGGAGCAGAAAUCCAGGCAGCACCAUUCUAGUGGCAGCCUCAAGACCUGUGGUCAGUGGCAGAAGAUGCUGGUGUCUCCCAUGGCAGAGAGGAAUAAGGAGCUGAUCCUGGAGGUACUGGCUGACUACGUGGAUAAUACAAGCCAAGCCUUUGGGCUGGAGCUGGCCUCUGGGACUGGGCAACAUGUGGUGCAUUUUGCCCAAGCCCUGCCUAAUGUCACCUGGCAGCCUUCAGAAAUCAGCCCGUCUGCCCAUGAGAGCAUCUCUGCCUACAUCAGAGCCACCAAGGUGCAGAACGUGAAGAAGCCACUGGCCAUUGACGUUUCUCAGCCCUGGGACCAGUGGGCAGGCUUGAGCCAGGGCUGCUGCAAUGUCAUCGUCAUCAUCAACCUGCUGCACUUCCUUGCCCAAGGCCUGGAGGGACUCUUCCAGGGUGUGGGCCAGCUGCUGAAGCCCGGGGGAGUUUGCCUGAUCUACGGGCCCUUUGCCAUCAAUGGGAUCAUCAGCCCUGAGUGCAACGUGGAGCUGGAGGAGAAGCUCCAGGAGAGGAAUCCAGCCUGGGGGCUGCGGGAUGUGGAGGAGCUGCGGCAGCUGGCCACCCCCAACGCACUGCGCCUCGAGCGCAUGGUGGAAAUGCCAGAAUACACCAAAUGCCUGAUUUUUCGGAGGAGGGAGCUGGAGAUGGCGUAGGCCCAGCCAGGCUGCAGGAUGUCUGAGCAUGGCUGCCUGAAGCCAAUGGGAUACGGACACCCAAGAAUAAAUGCUUUUAAAUUAA